AGCGCGUGCCUCGGACUCGCCCCGUUGCGCAGACCCAAGAUGGCCGACAACGCAGACAACUCGCCCCCUCAGCGCGGCUUCUUCCCCGCCCUGCUGGGCGGAGCUGUGGCAGGAACGUCCGUGGACAUCGCGCUGUUCCCGCUCGACACUAUCAAGACGCGACUGCAGUCCGCGCAUGGAUUCUUCAAGGCCGGCGGAUUCCGCGGCAUCUACUCGGGCUUGUCGGCGGCUGCGGCGGGCUCUGCUCCUGGAGGCGCGCUCUUCUUCAGCACCUAUGAGACUUCCAAGUCGCUGAUUGGGGCCAUCGCUCCGAACCAGAAGCACUCUCCUCUCGGGCACAUGGCGGCUGCUGCGUCGGGCGAAAUGGCGGCGUGUUUGGUGCGCACCCCGACCGAAAUCGUGAAGCAGCGUAUGCAGACUGGCGUCUACAAGUCGCUGCCUGAGGCUCUUAAUGCCAUUCGCGCGGCUGAGGGCGUGGCGGGAUUCUACCGGGGCUACUGGAGCAUGAUCGCACGCGAGAUCCCCUUCUCGUUCAUCCAGUUCCCGCUCUGGGAGGGUCUUAAGUACCAAUGGUCGAAGCAGCAGAACGCUCCCGUCUCCUCGCUGCAGGGUGCGGUAUGCGGAUCAAUCGCCGGUGGCGUGGCCGCAAGUAUCACGACCCCGCUUGACGUGGUCAAGACGCGACUGAUGUUGGGCAAGGACGCCAAGGGAGUUCCGUACAAGGGCACGCUCAACACGCUGUCGCGCGUGUACACGGACGAGGGCUUGAAGCGCCUAUUAUCUGGUGUGGGUCCCCGCACGAUGUGGAUCAGCAUUGGCGGCUUCGUCUUCUUCGGUAUGUACGAGAAGGCCACCUCGACGUUCGAGUCAAUCAUGUAAGCGGCCUCCUCUUGCGGUAUUAGCGAUAUAAAACGAUAACGAGCUGACAGUGCUCUCGCAGCGCGCCGACGGCAUCGUCUAGAACUACAGAUGUAGAUAUCCCGUUUUAAAAGACUUUGAUGUG